CGCACUUCGCCGCAGCACCCUCAGCACCUCAGUUGAGCAGGAGCACCGCACUGAGUCACAUCUAUACACACACGCACACAGACACACACAUAUAUACGCACCUACACGCACACAAGCACAGCCUCCUGCGGUAUCCCAUACGGCGCAGCGGCUUUUCCAACGGCAUACCAAGUGUGUCCUCGCCGGGAGAUGGGAGGCGCGGCUCCCGGGUCUCAGCGCACUCAGAGCGGCUUAGUAGAGUCCUGCUGAUCGGAGAUGCUGCUGGAAGUCUGCUGCUAUUUCCUUUUCCCGUGCAGGAAUCGCCCUCCAGCUGCACCUCUACCGGGGAUUUAAAGUGGACAAGACGUCUGAUCAGGAUAUAACAUUAUUCUAAGCAUUUUUUGGGGGGGAGUAAAAGGAGUUGGGAUUGCUCUGGACGUGCCUCUUAUCCGCAGUGUCGAUGCGACUGCGGCUGUGAAUGAUAUCUGCAUAGAUUACAGGUACAUAAUGUCCUUCAUCUCAAGAGAGGCUUGAUCCUGACUGGCCGACAAUAUUGGCCUGUGCCUCGUCCCUCUCCUCACCAGUCCCGCCCUCAGCACAGCCAUGACGUCCCUCAACAGAAUACGGACCUAUUUUCUUGUAUGCUGCUUCCUGUCUAGUCUGGUGCUUCCUGUUAGACCACAAACAGUGGUGCAAGCACCACAGGCUCAUAGUGCUGGCUCCCAGGUGAUCACAGCGUUGCUUCAGGAGGAGGAGGAGUAUGCAUCAUUUCAUGCUGAGAACCCUGAAUGGACAUUUAACCAUCUGGCGGUGGACUAUCGCAAUGGUAAUGUUUAUUUGGGAGCUGUCAAUCGCAUAUAUAAACUGUCUCCGGACUUGGAGGUCCAGGUCUCCCAUGAAACUGGCCCAGAUGAAGACAACCGCAAGUGCUACCCACCACGUAUUGUCCAACCCUGCAGUGAGCCGUUGACGCUCACCAACAACGUCAACAAGAUGCUUUUGAUGGACUAUCGGGAGAACCGGUUGCUGGCUUGCGGCAGCCUCUACCAAGGUAUCUGCAAACUCCUCCGUCUAGAUGACCUCUUCAAACUGGGAGAGCCCUUUCACAAGAAGGAGCACUACCUCUCUGGUGUAAAUGAGAGCGGCUCUGUCUUUGGCGUCAUUGUCUCUUAUGGCAAUGCCUCUCCGGACAUGCUGUUUGUAGCCACAGCAGUGGAUGGCAAGCCAGAGUACUUCCCCACCAUCUCUAGCCGAAAAUUGGCCAGAAACUCUGAGGAGGAUGGCAUGUUUGCUUAUGUCUUCCAUGAUGAGUUUGUGGCCUCUAUGAUUAAGAUCCCUUCAGAUACCUUCACCGUCAUCCCAGACUUUGACAUAUACUACAUUUAUGGCUUUGCCAGUGGGAACUUUGUCUACUUUCUGACUUUACAGCCUGAAAUGGGAGGGGGACCAACCACGGGAUCAUCCUCUGCUGGUCGCGAACAGGUUUACACUUCCAAAAUAGUCCGCCUUUGCAAGGCAGACACUGCAUUCAAUUCCUACGUGGAGGUUCCUAUUGGAUGCAUUAGUGGCAACGUGGAGUACCGAUUGCUUGAAGCGGCCUACCUGUCAAAAGCCGGCGCUAUCCUGGCGCGCUCGCUCGACGUGGCCCCAGACGAUGAUGUGCUGUUUGCCGUCUUCUCUAAAGGCCAGAAGCGUCGUCCACGCCAGGCUUCCCAGGACUCGGCGCUGUGUGUUUUCUCUCUGCGGAAGAUCAACGAGAAAAUCAAGGAAAGGCUGCAGUCCUGCUACAAAGGAGAGGGCACGCUGGACCUGGCCUGGCUCAAAGUCAAAGAUAUUCCCUGCAGCAGUGCGCUUUUGACCAUCGACGAUGACUUCUGUGGCCUCGACAUGAAUGCACCACUGGGCGUGUCCGAGAUGGUGCGCGGCAAGCCUCUCUUUUCCGACGCCGUCGACAAAAUGACCUCUGUCAUCGCUUACGUCUACAAGAACCACUCUUUGGUCUUCGUGGGGACAAAAAGUGGAAAAGUCAAGAAGAUCCGGGUUGACGGCCCAUCCCGCGCUCUUCAGUAUGAGACUGUGCAGGCUGUGGAUAACGGACCCAUCCUCCGAGACAUGGCCUUCUCUUCUGACCACCACUACCUCUACGUCAUGUCUGAAAACCAGCUGUCAAGGGUGCCAGUGGAGGCCUGUGGUCAGUAUACCACCUGCAGUGAAUGUCUUGGAUCCAGAGAUCCCCACUGCGGUUGGUGUGUCCUGCACAACAUGUGCGCCCGAAAGGAGAAAUGCGAGCGCUCAUCAGAGCCCCGGCGCUUUGCAUCAGACAUCAAGCAGUGUGUGCGUCUCAGCGUCCACCCAAACAACAUAUCGGUGUCCCAGUUCAGUGUCACGCUGGUGUUGGAAGCCCAUAAUGUACCAGAGCUUUCUGCGGGUGUCAACUGUACCUUUGAGGACCUGGCUGAGAUGAAUGGCUUAGUAGAGGGAAACCGGAUCAAGUGCUCCUCUCCCGCUGAAAAGGAAAUGCCACGCAUUAUCGUCGACAAAGGCGACCACCAGAUCGUGCAGCUCUAUCUCAAGUCCAAAGAGACGGGCCUGGCUUUCGCAAAUACCAGUUUUGUUUUCUACAACUGCAGCGUGCACAAGUCGUGUCUGUCGUGUGUGAGCAGCCCGUACCAGUGCCACUGGUGCAAAUACAGACACGACUGUACCCAUGACCCUCGCACGUGUUCCUUCCAGGAGGGACGAGUCAAGAAGCCUGAGGGUUGUCCUCAGCUGCUGCCUGCAGAAAGGAUCCUGGUGCCAGUCAACGUGGUGAAGCCCAUCACCUUACGGGCCAAGAACCUCCCCCAGCCCCAGUCUGGACAGCGGGGCUACGAGUGCCUGCUAACCAUCCAAGGAAACGAGCACCGAGUUCCCGCCCUGCGCUUCAACAGCUCCUCAGUGCAGUGUCAAAACACAUCGUAUUUCUAUGAUGGGAUGGAGAUGAGCAGUCUUCCCGUGGAACUGACCGUCAUCUGGAACGGAGAUUUCAGCAUCGACAACCCCGCCCACAACAAAGUCCAUCUCUACAAGUGCGAUGCCCAGCGUGGAAGCUGCGGCUUGUGCCUGAAAGCGGACCCGCUGUUUGGGUGCGUUUGGUGCAAAGGGGAGAACCGCUGCACCCUCAAGCAGCACUGCCCCCACCCCGAGAGCCAGUGGCUGGAGCACAACGGCGUCAACAGCAAGUGCACCCACCCACGGAUCACACAGAUCACCCCUCUGCGAGGCCCCAGGGAAGGCGGGACUCUCGUGACCAUCCGUGGUGAGAACCUAGGACUGGAGUUCAGGGAGAUCGAGGGCAACGUGAAGGUGGCUGAAGUGGAUUGCACCCCCAUACGUGAAGGCUACAUUCCUGCUGAACAGAUUGUGUGCGAGAUGGGCAGGGCCGAGAUGAGCCAGUACACCGGGAACGUGCAGGUCUGCGUCGGAGUUGGACAGUGCAGACCUGAAUUUAUGGCAAAAUCCUCCAAGUACUACUACUUUGUGAUUCCACGGAUUACCAGCCUUAAGCCCAGCCGUGGGCCGGUCUCUGGGGGAACUAUUGUCAACAUCACUGGCAGCCACUUUGACGCUGGGAGCAACGUGUCAGUCAUGUUUAAGGACCAACCUUGUACUUAUUUGAGGAGAGGUGGCCAGUGGCUCACCUGUCGAACCCAUGCUUCCCUGCAUGGCUGCGGAAACGUGUCUGUGUCCGUGAGCAUCGACAGGGCCCACCUACAGAAAGACCUGCAGUUUGAAUAUGUGGAUGAUCCCACUAUCACCAAGAUAGAGCCUGAGUGGAGCAUCUAUAGUGGACACACUCCAGUGACGGUGACAGGAACUAACCUGGACAUCAUUCAGACCCCACUCAUCAGAGCCAAAUACAAUGGUCAUGAGACACUCAAUUUGUGCCAGGUACUGACCUCCACAUCCAUGCUGUGCCAGGCCCCAGAGCUACCCAUUAGUCUGGCCAGGCAGCAAGAAGUGCCUGAGAGACCGGAUGAGUUUGGCUUUAAACUGGACGACGUGCAGGCUCUGAUGGCGCUCAACAGCACCAAUUUUAUUUAUUACCCCAACCCAGAAUUUGAGCUCCUCAGUGUGUCCGGGGUGCUGGAGCUGAAACCUGGAUCACCUAUUAUACUGAAGGGACGCAACUUCCUUCCACCAACCAAUAGUGGAAAUGGAAAGCUGAACUACACUGUUUUGAUCGGUGACAAACCCUGCAUGUUAACGGUGUCAGAGACCCAGCUACUCUGCGAGUCACCCAACCUGACCGGUCGACACAAGGUCCUGGCACGCGUGGGUGGUAUCGAGUUUUCCCCUGGCGUGGUGCACAUCACGUCUGACAGCCCGCUUAGCAGCACAGCAAUCAUUGGCAUCGCUGCGGCCGGCGCCCUGCUCAUCCUCUUCAUCGUGGUGGUGCUCAUCGCCUAUAAACGCAAGUCCCGUGAGAGCGACCUGACCUUGAAGCGACUGCAGAUGCAGAUGGACAACCUUGAGUCACGUGUGGCUCUGGAGUGCAAAGAGGCUUUUGCAGAGCUACAGACAGACAUCCACGAGCUGACCAGUGAUCUGGAUGGAGCAGGCAUCCCCUUCUUGGACUACAGGACCUACACCAUGAGGGUCCUCUUCCCUGGCAUUGAGGAGCAUCCUGUACUGAGAGACCUGGAGGUGCCCGGCUACCGCCAGGAGCAAGUGGAGAAGGGACUGAAGCUCUUCGGCCAGCUCAUUAACAACAAGAUCUUCCUGCUGUGUUUUAUUCGCACUCUGGAGGCCCAGCGUGGUUUCUCCAUGAGGGACCGCGGCAACGUGGCCUCUCUCAUCAUGACGGUGCUGCAGAGCAAGCUGGAGUACGCCACUGAUGUACUGAAGAACCUCCUGUCUGACCUCAUAGACCGGAACCUCGAGAGCAAGAACCACCCGAAACUGCUUCUCCGCAGGACCGAGUCCGUGGCAGAGAAAAUGCUGACCAACUGGUUUACGUUCCUCCUCUACAAGUUCCUGAAGGAGUGUGCAGGCGAGCCUCUCUUCUCCCUCUUCUGUGCCAUCAAGCAGCAGAUGGAGAAAGGCCCCAUUGACUCCAUCACAGGAGAGGCACGCUACUCGCUUAGUGAAGACAAGCUCAUCAGACAACAGAUUGACUACAAGACGCUGGUGGUGAACUGCAUACACCCAGAGAAUGAGAAGAGCCCUGAGAUCCAAGUUAAGGUGCUAAACUGUGACACCAUCAGCCAGGUGAAGGAGAAGAUACUGGACGCCAUCUACAAGAACGUCCCACAUUCACACCGCCUAAAAGCUUCUGACAUGGACCUAGAAUGGCGUCAGGGUCGGGGACAGCGCAUGAUCCUGCAGGAUGAGGACGUCACCACGAAGAUUGAAGGUGACUGGAAGAGGCUGAACAUGCUGGCCCAUUAUCAGGUGCCUGAUAAUGCAGUGAUGGCCCUGGUUCCCAAACAAGUCACAGCCUACAAUUCAGUGAACAACUCCACUGUGUCACGGACUUCUGCAAGUAAAUAUGAGAACAUGAUAAAGUACACUGGGAGCCCCGACAGCCUGCGUUCCCGAACCCCUAUGAUUACUCCUGACCUGGAGAGCGGGGUGAAGGUUUGGCAUUUGGUGAAGAAUCAUGAGCACGGAGACCAGAAGGAGGGAGACCGCGGCAGCAAGAUGGUCUCCGAGAUCUACCUGACGCGACUUCUGGCCACCAAGGGUACGUUACAGAAGUUUGUUGAUGACCUGUUUGAGACCAUCUUCAGCACAGCUCAUCGGGGUAGCGCUCUGCCACUGGCCAUCAAAUACAUGUUUGACUUCCUGGAUGAACAGGCCGACAAACACAGCAUCCACGACCCGCAUGUCCGACACACAUGGAAGAGCAACUGCCUACCUCUGCGUUUCUGGGUGAAUGUGAUCAAGAACCCCCAGUUUGUGUUUGACAUCCACAAGAGCAGCAUCACAGACGCCUGUCUGUCUGUGGUGGCCCAGACCUUCAUGGACUCCUGCUCCACCUCAGAACACCGCCUUGGGAAGGACUCACCCUCCAACAAGCUGCUUUAUGCCAAGGACAUCCCCAGCUACAAGAGCUGGGUGGAAAGGUACUACUCAGACAUUAAUAGGAUGCCAGCGAUCAGUGACCAGGACAUGAAUGCCUAUUUGGCAGAACAGUCACGGAUGCACAUGAAUGAGUUCAACACCAUGAGCUCCCUCAGUGAGAUCUACUCCUAUGUGGGAAAAUACACCGAGGAGAUCGUGUGUGCACUGGAGCAGGACGAUGUAGCCAGGAAACAGAGGCUGGCCUUCAAGCUGGAGCAGGUGGUGGCCUUCAUGAGUCUGGAGAGCUGAGGACCGCACUUCCCAGGGUGCACUGGGAAGAGACCCCGUCAGAAACCGAGCCGUGCCUGAGCGAAGACCUGUCCCCAUCUUUUUUCAUCAUGUGACUUCCUCCCUCCGCCUUUCAGAGAUGACUUCUUCCUUGACUUUUUUUCUGCUUCCUCUUUCCCCGAGAAAUAUUUUUUGAUUUCCUCAUCCACUCUGCUGCAUAGACUAGUUUACCUGAACAUAUGUGAGGGGUGGUCUGGGGCUGAGGUUGGCGUUUCCCCACAGUGCAAUGUGGGGGAUUCCUCAGCUUCACCACAGGGGGAGCUUUAAGGGGUGAUUGCUUGAAAGCUGGCCAUAUUGGCAUACUUCAGUCCCCCUGCUGGAAGAAAAGAGGGGAGAAAAAAAAAAAAAAAACAUUUUUAUGUUGCCUUCAAGAAUUUACACUGAUAGGUGAUUCUUUAAAAACCACAAUGUUGGGUGUCCUUUUUGUUGAGAACUUUUCAGAAUAGGAUAGUUAAAAUAAAAACAUCUCUAGAGUUGAGUUUAUUGUAGUUCUAUAUCCAGUAACGGAAUCAAGUGGAAACAUCCAAACUGACGAAUGCAAGCCAAAUGAACACCUCUGAAGAAAAUGAAUGCAACGAUGGUUUGCCAAGUUUACACUGUACCUUCAAGCAAAGCAUACAUAUCCGUGAAAUCUGGCGCAAACCUAGAAUGUUUGUUUUCUUUCAAUGUAGCUGGAGUUGUAUUUAAGAAAAAGACUGAUGGGGGGUGAGGGAGGAUUAUCGCUUCUCUGAACAUUUCCUUUAUUGAAACCCAACGGACAUGAAAACUUUACAAGCCAGAGCAUCCCCAGCCUUUACCCCUUUGCAACAUUCACAUAUUUUUACCUGCCCAGUGUACAUCUUAGAAAAUGCUCUUGAUUUCUGCUUCCAUUUGGCUUAUAUGGCUACUGCGAAAUUAAGCUAUUAGACGAAACCCUGGAGUCCCCCCACCCAAGUUGGAUCCUUUGUAAAAACAACAAAAAAAUGAAAAAGCACACAACUAACUCUGGAAGACAGUGUUUUAACUGCUAAUCCAACCGGAGCAGUCUUUGCCACUUCCAAUUUUGUGUCGCCACUGCGACGGUCUAUCAAAGCACACACCUGCACAGAUAAAAAAAACACACACAAUCAGCAGACGCCCAACAUCCUGACUGCCCAGAUAUCUACGCCAACCCUGCGGGAGGUGAAGGGAAGAGCUGACUGAAAAACUGCUUGAUCAAUGAAAAUAAGAACGAUCCAAUACCGUAGGGGCUCUGUUGUGAGAGUAGCACUUCUUCCCCAGGAUUGUUCCCCUAUUUAAAGACUUUUGUGUGGAGAAAUCAAACAAGAUGGACUUAGUUGGUCAGCCAAAAACCAAAGGAGCUUGAAAAUUUUCAAAAUGGUCAAAAAUGUAUUUAUAAAGUGCCACUGAGGGACUGAAAAAGGACUAUGUAUAAGACAACCACUUCUAGUACAAAAAAAAAAGAAAAACUAUUGUGACUGGAACUUUAAGAAAUGUGUGUGAUUUUUCUGACCUCAGUGUGUCGAGGUGAGAGGCUCUGUGGGCGAGGUGAUCUGAUCCUCCUUUCUCUUUCCAUCGUCCCGGGUCUCUCCGGCUCUCGGCACACCGUUCACCCUUUUGUCCGGCUCCUGACUCACCAGUUUCCUUUCUGUUUUGCACAAGUGUUGGAGAUGGUAGCUAGUUGCAUACGGCAAAAACCCCAACUCUUGAGUGUGUAACUGUUGAGGCGCUCUUGUCUGUAUUAGUGUAGUUGUCCUCAGUGGCGGCGUAGGGGCGCCCUUCUCCGAGCCUUUAAAAAAAAAAACAAAAAAAAAUAUCUGAAAAAGCAGAGCAGGAAGUGAACAUCAUGGCAAGAUACACAAGAAACGAUGGACAUUAACCGUAGAUAAGACUUGUUGGAUGUGAACCCCCACUAUGGGAGAGAGCGACUGAAAGAGAUGAUGGAGGCGCCCUCCGUACCUUUUGACCUCUGCCCUUUCUUUUGCCUUGACAACGUGCCCCAUGUGGUGAUGUGAAUGUGUGAAGACCGCCCUAGGUCCACCUUGGGUCCUUUAUUGGCUUUUUAAGCGCAUGUAAAACGUAAACAAUUUAAGAAACUUAUUUAAAAAAAAACAAAAAAAAAAGUGAAAAAUAAGAAAAUUAAGCCUUGCAAUGAUGAUGUGGAUGUGUUCUUUUAUCUUUCUUUUGCUUGGAAGAAUUGAGAUGGAAAGUGGAUCGUUCAUGUAAUAAAAACUAUAACUUCCGUUUAAGGUGGAACCUUUAUCCCGUUUGCCCCCUACUGUAGAAUCUCAUGGUUUUUUGUGAAGUGGUAGAUGCUGAAUAGAACAGAUAUUAUAUACCUUUGCAUGUCGACCUAUUUGGAUGGUAUGAAAUGGAACUGCCUUGCUCAAAGAUAUUUAUAUACUACAACUACUAGGGACUUUAAAGUCAUUUACAAGCCGACUGUUCAUUUAAAGAUGAUGGAUCUCUUCGCAUAAAGACGACACGUACGCCGUGUCCUGCGUUACAGACCAGCAUCAGUGUUUUUUGACACCUGUGCCUCCUCUGAGUUCAGUUUUAGAACAAGCGCCUCACAUCUUGUUCUGUCUGUGGUUAUUUCAUCGUGAUAAUUGCUAAACUUUUCAAAAAAACACAAAAACAGAAGUGCUUUGGCAAAGGUAUUUCGUGGACGCUUUGAAGAAACUAUGUAUACACGUGAUUUAUCAUAAAGACAAAUGUAGCGGGAGGCACAUUAGCACUGACACUAGACUUAUGUUUAAGACUGAGUUUGGCAAGUGGAUGUUUCUUUCAUAGCCCUCGUGUCAAAUGUACGUCAGAUCACACGUCCUGGUCAUUAAUUACCUUCUGCAGAUAUCCACUAUGAUGAAUGUCUGUUUCAACUUGGAGGGGUACAUUCACAAAAUGUAGUAAACAUAUCAAAUACAUGAACAUCUUUUUAUGAAAGAUGAGGGGAAUGAGGAUUCAUUUAGAAACUAGAUGAUUAAUUCACACUAACCUGGAACUCAUAUUAGAAGAAAUAUGCACAAACACGUUUAGACGAUUUCAAGAAAACCUUUACAUGCGUACAUAUCUUGUGUCUAGAUAUCCAAAGUUUCCCCUUCCAGCUGCGUGUUAACAAAUAACAUGAGCCGAGUCCUCAACUGACAUUGUGAAUCUACCCCCGAGUGGAACAUCCUGUCUUUCAUUUCUCCCCUGCCCCGUCCCUUCCCCUCCCCUGCAACAAAGGUUGUCUGCUCGCAGCCAACUUGUGUUGCCGAGAGCACAGAUAAAGUUUCCACCUUCAAACGUUUUGUAGGAACUAAAAAUGUCCUCCUAGCUCAGUGUUAUAGCAGGUGUUACACAAACAUGCUAGAAAAGACUUUUACUAGAUCAUAUCUGAAAGAUAAAGAGUAUCUUAUCGAGGGAUAAAAACGAAACCUGGGGGAUAUAAGGCGAGCUUCUCUAACUUUGUUAUAAUUAAUUGUAUACCUGUGUAUGUAAAUAUAAUGCAUUCCUAUUUUGCAGUCAAGAACAAAAUACUAUUUGUAAUAUAGAAUAAACUUUAUUAUGAAACCAA